CCGCUGAGAUACAAAACAAAUAGAGAACCCUUUGGGGUUUAUCUUGUAAAUAACAUAAGAAUUGCCGUUACAGAGACUCUCGGUCACGUGAGUUGCGUGUCCUUCCCCCUUCUCUGACACACUCCUCUUUUUGGCAAUCACUUCCCGUUUUCGCUCGCUCUGCCGCCUAAACUUCCCUUUCUUCUCCAUUUUCCUCUCCCCCUCGUCCGUUCCCUUUCUCUCUCUCUCUCUCUCUCUCUCUCUCUCUCUCUCUCUCUCACAUUCUCUUUUUAUUCAGUCCUCUUUCUUUUUUCUUCUGUUUGAAGCUGCUAUGGCUUUUAAGCUUCUUUCUCUCUGUCUCUUCUUCAUUCAUUUCUUCGUUUUCUUCCCCUUCGUUGCCAUCACGGAGCAAGACGAGCAACACCCAGAAAGCAAAAGUUUGCUUUCAUUCAAGCUCGCUCUCCAUAACCCACAUGUCCUUUCUUCAUGGAACAAUACGACCCCUCACUGCAACUGGGUCGGUGUUACCUGCCACCUCGGCCAUGUCACUUCACUCCUUCUACCUGCUCACUUCCUAACAGGCUCUCUCUCUCCUUCCCUAUUCUCUCUUGUACGUCUCACCAUUCUUGACCUCUCCAUGAACUUCUUAUUCGGUGAAAUCCCUCCACAAAUAUCCAACCUCAAGCGCUUGAAACACUUGUGUCUCGAUUGGAACCAGUUUUCAGGCAUGCUCCCGAGUGAACUCGGUGAACUAACUCAGCUCGAAACCCUCAGACUCGGCUCCAACUCUUUCACUGGAAAAAUCCCACCUGAGCUCGGUAACCUGAGACGAAUCCAGACCCUCGAACUCUCCGGCAAUGCGCUCACCGGAACCGUACCUGCUCAACUCGGCGAGCUGACGCAGCUUCUGUUCUUGGACCUGGCUAACAACCUCCUCUCAGGUUCUCUUCCCUCAACACUCUUCAAAAAUCUUCAGGCAUUAUCUUCUCUUGACGUAUCAAACAAUUCUUUUUCUGGUAAAAUCCCUCCGGAACUUGGUAACCUGCAAAACCUCACUGAUCUCUACAUUGGCAUUAACUCAUUUUCUGGGCAGUUACCCCCAGAAAUAGGCAAGCUUUCACUGCUUGAGAACUUCUAUUCACCAUCUUGUUUAAUAACAGGCCCUUUACCUGAAGAAUUAUUCGAACUAAAAUCGUUGAGCAAACUUGAUCUUUCUUAUAACCCACUGAGGUGCCCGAUCCCAAAAAAUAUGGGCAAGUUGCAGAACAUAACUAUAUUGAAUCUUGCUUAUGCUGAACUUAAUGGGUCAAUUCCAGCUGAGCUUGGAAACUGUAAGAAUUUAAAGACAUUGGUGUUAUCUUUCAAUUCACUGUCUGGAUCGUUGCCUGAGGAACUUGUAAAGCUACCAAUGUUGUCAUUUGCUGCCGAAAGGAACCAGCUUUCAGGACCAUUGCCUGCUUGGCUUGGAAACUUGAAUGAGGUAGAUUCGCUUUUGCUUUCAAGCAAUCUGUUUUCUGGGAAAAUCCCCCCUGAGCUUGGUAACUGUUCUAUGUUGAAGCAUCUAAGCUUGAGCAACAACUUGUUGAGGGGUUCAAUACCCAAAGAAUUGUGUAGUUCGGGGUCACUCUUGGAGAUUGAUCUUGAUGGUAAUCACCUCUCAGGAACCGUUGAGGAUGCCUUUUUGAAAUGUACGAAUCUUACGCAGUUAGUAUUGUUUAAUAAUCAGAUCAAUGGUUCGAUACCUGCCUAUCUUUCACAGCUUCCAAUAAUGGUGCUUGACUUGGAUUCCAACAAUUUCACCGGUUCAGUACCUGUUAGUCUAUGGAAAUCUGUAUGCUUGAUGGAGUUCUCUGCUGCAAAUAACUUUUUGGACGGGCCUCUUCCUGCAGAAAUUGGUAAUGCCGUUUCACUUCAGAGGCUUGUUCUUAGUAACAAUCGGUUGAAGGGCAAAAUACCUAAGGAGAUUGGCAAUCUCACAGCUCUUUCCGUUCUUAAUUUGAACUCAAAUUUCUUUGAGGGGAACAUACCUGUGGAGCUUGGAUAUUGCGCUGGUCUAACCACACUGGACCUGGGAAAUAACAUUCUCAAUGGAUCAAUUCCUGAGAAAUUUGCAGGCCUGGCUCAGCUACAAUGCUUAGUUCUUUCUCACAAUAGUCUAUCCGGGUCCAUUCCUUCAGGACCAUCUUUGUAUUUCCGCCAAGCCAACAUGCCUGACACAAGCUUCCUUCAGCACCAUGGAGUGUUUGAUCUGUCACACAAUAGUCUGUCUGGCUCUAUACCUGAAGAACUGGGAAGCUGUGAGGUGUUGGUGGAUCUUUUGCUUAGCAACAACAUGCUCUCUGGAGAAAUUCCAGGAUCACUCUCUCGUUUAACAAAUCUUACAACCUUGGAUUUAUCAGGAAAUUUCCUCACUGGUUCAAUUCCUGAGGAACUCGGGGACUCUCCUAAGCUACAGGGCUUGUAUUUGGGGAAUAACCAGCUCACAGGUUCUAUCCCUGGAAGUUUAGGUCGUUUGGGUAGCUUACUGAAGCUGAACCUUACUGGCAAUAGGUUAACUGGUGAAAUUCCUGUAUCAUUUGGUAACUUAAAGGAGCUUACCCAUUUAGAUUUGAGCCAGAACGAGCUUGAUGGUGAGCUUCCUUCAGCUUUGUCUCACAUGCUUAACCUCGUGGGGCUUUAUGUUCAGCAGAAUAGGCUCUCUGGUGAUAUGUAUCUACUUUUCUCUAAUUCUAUAUCCUGGAAGAUUGAAGCUAUGAAUUUCAGUAAUAACUUCUUUGAGGGUAACUUGCCACGGCCAUUGGGCAACCUGUCAUACUUGACUUUCUUGGAUUUCCAUGGAAAUAAAUUGACUGGAGAGAUUCCUCCAGAUCUUGGUAAUCUGAUGCAACUUGAGUACUUGGAUGUUUCAGGGAACAGGUUGUCCGGGCAGAUUCCAGCAAAAAUUUGUGGUUUGAUCAAUCUAUUUUACCUGAACUUGAAGGACAAUAGACUGGAAGGCCCUGUACCCAGAAAUGGUGUUUGCCAAAACUUGUCAGAGAUACUGCUUGCUGGAAACAAAGGUUUGUGCGUGAGAACUAUGGGUUUAGAUUGCCAGAUGAAAAACUUCAACAAGUCAACUUUACUAAACGCCUGGGGCCUUGCUGGAAUUGUGAUUGGAAGCAUGUUCGUCAUCUUUAGUAUUGCAUUUUCCAUAUGGAAAUGGUUUAUAAGGAGCAUCAAGCAAGCCUCAGAGGAGUUUGAGGAAAGAAAGUUAAACAAUUUCAUUGACCAAAAUCUUUAUUUUCUAAGUAGCAGCAGGUCCAGGGAGCCUUUAAGCAUCAAUAUAGCUAUGUUUGAGCAGCCUCUUUUGAAGUUAACCUUGGUUGAUAUUCUUGAAGCCACCAACAACUUUUGCAAGAAGAACAUAAUUGGAGAUGGAGGUUUUGGGACUGUGUACAAAGCUACUUUGCCUGAUGGAAAGACGGUGGCAGUCAAGAAGUUAAGCCAGGCUAAAACGCAGGGUCACCGGGAGUUCACUGCUGAAAUGGAAACCUUAGGUAAGGUUAAGCACCAAAACCUUGUAGCACUGCUUGGAUACUGCUCCUUUGGGGAGGAGAAGCUCCUGGUUUAUGAGUACAUGGAAAAUGGCAGCUUAGAUCAUCAGCUGAGGAACAGAACUGGCGAUCUACAAGUCCUAGAUUGGCCCAAACGCUACAAGAUUGCACUGGGGGCUGCCCGUGGAUUAGCUUUUCUUCACCAUGGGUUCAUCCCUCAUAUCAUUCAUCGUGAUAUCAAAGCCAGCAACAUCUUGCUGGACGAAGACUUUGAGCCAAAAGUUGCAGACUUUGGGCUUGCAAGACUGAUCAGUGCCUGUGAGACCCAUGUUAGCACUGAUAUAGCAGGAACAUUUGGUUACAUUCCCCCUGAAUAUGGCCAGAGUGGGAGAUCUACCACCAGAGGAGAUGUUUACAGUUUUGGUGUGAUCCUGCUUGAAUUGGUGACUGGGAAGGAACCAACAGGGCCUGACUUCAAAGAGAUGGAAGGUGGAAAUCUGGUGGGUUGGGUGUUUCAGAAGAUCAAGAAAGGACAAGCUGCCAGUGUUCUUGACCCCAUGGUGCUCAAUGCAGAUUCGAAGCAUAUGAUGCUCCGGAUGCUGCAGAUUGCUGCAGUCUGCGUCUCAGACAAUCCUGCUAACCGGCCUAGCAUGCUGCAUGUCUUGAAGUUUCUGAAAGGGAUCAAAGAUUGAGUAGUCAGUGCAAUAAUGUGGACUCGUGACUGAGAAUGAUGUUGUAAUAACCUUGUAAAGUAGGUAGUUAGCGAGAAAGAAGUUAAAAAACUCAAGUUAUGUUCGGUUUAUGCGUGCUAAUCUGAUCUUGAUCACUAGGCAGGCUAGUCUGGUGUUUUUCAUAA